GUGGCAGUUCCGAGGCGUACGUGAACACCUCAGUCGCUACGUCUGUGAGAAACAGACGGGAAACCACAGGACAGCGUCAACUGUCAACAAAUACGGUGGGUCAGUAUGGAGACCCUCCCAGCGGCGGCGGCAGCGACUGAUCCCCCGGCUCCCACCUUCUCUCAGGUGGUUUUCAUCGACAUCCCGCACUCAUACCCGCCUUCCAGCCCCAUCACCUGCCGCUUCACUCUCAAUGCCGCCUUCCAGCCAAAUCCCAGGGACUGGGUGGGCAUCUUUAAGGUGGGGUGGAGCUCAACUAAGGAUUAUCACACAUUUGUGUGGGUGGAGGCGGUCCAUGAUGCUCAACAGACAGAGAUGAGACAAGCUGUGUUUAAAGAGUACUACCUGCCUAAAGACGAGAUAGAGUUCUACCAGUUCUGCUACAUUGACAGCAGCGGCCAGGUCCGAGGAGCCAGCACUCCUUUCUGUUUCAGAAAUCCAUCCGAACAAAACACAGAGAGCAUCGCAGAUGAUGACCUGCUGGUUAUCACGACUCAGGAGCAAGUUGAACAGAGUCAACGUGAGAAAGCUGAGCUGCAGAAGCAGCUGGAUCUGAUGAGGGCAGAAAACCAAAGCUUAAAAAGCGCUUUGCUGAAGGAUCAGGAGGAUAUCAGCAGCUCCAAGGAGCAGAACGACCAGAGAGAGGCAGAAAUGGCUAAACUGAUCAAAGAAAUGGAUCAGGUGAAGGAGAGCAAUGAAAAACUGAAGAACACACUGCAGCUGCAGAUGAAGGAGAACGACCGCUUAAAGGAGGAGAUGGUGAUUGAAAUGACCAAGCGGAUGGAAAUCCAGAGACAAAACUCCACAGAGCAGGAAAAACUGAGCUCUUUGUCAUCUAGAAGUAAUGAGGAGAAAUAUGAUCGAGCAGUGAUGAAGAUCAAUCAGAUGAAAGAGGAGCGCGAGGAGCUGAAAGGGAAGCUGGAUGCACAAAGUGAUGAGACUGCCAAGCUGAAAGCUAAACUCAGAGAUGCAGAACGGGAAUUGUCAAACGCAUUGGACCGCUUUGAGCUUCUGCAGGUUGAUCUUCAGAGCACCACCAAAGAGAAGGAUCGGAUCUCUCUAGAACUGCAAAAGCUGCAAAGCGUCAAAGGGAACAUGGACGAAGUGAGAAGGGAGAACCAGGAACUGAGCAGGAGGCUUUCACAGCUAGAUUCACUGCAGAGGGCUCCAAAAGAUGACCUCAUGGCGCAGUGUCAGACUCUCUCCAAGCAGCUGCAGGAUGUGCAGGGGAAGCUGCUGGCCGAGAAGGAGAAGACGAUUGCCGUCACCAGGCAAUGUGAGUUCACAGAAAACGAGCUGGCGGACGUCAAGGAGCAGCUAACCAGUUUGGCCAGAAAUUGUGAGAUUGAGCGAUGCCAAAACAGCAAAUAUGAGAUGCAGGGCAGGGAGUUGAAUACAAUGUUGGCAGAUAAGGACAUCAUCAUUGAAGAGAAGGAGCAGGAGAUCAGGCUGAUCAAACAAGAGAGAGAUGAGCUCAGCAGAGAAGUCCAGGUUCUCAAAGACGACAUCGAGAGGCUUCGCUCACAUUACGCAAUCACCUCACCUGUGGCUGAAGAGAUGCCCUACUUGCAGCCAGACCCCAUCGUAGCAGGCAGCGACGCUCCUGCCAGCCGUGACCAGCAGGACAUCCCGGAUCAGCCGGAGCACAUAUACAACACCAUAGAUAGCUUGCUGGGAGCGCCAGACGAAGAGCCGGCGCUGGUGUGUCAUCACUGCCGGGAGAGCUUCCCCGGCAUAACCGAACAGGAGCUGGAGCAGCAUGAGCAGAGCCACCGAGUGUGUCCGUUCUGCACGAUGAUCUGCGACAGCAUGGAGCAGUCCAUAUUCGAAGACCACGUCUACGGCCACGAGCUGUGAGAGCCGCAUCGUCAUUUCAGAUGGGUCUCGUUGGUUAAAGAGAAAAAAAAAAAAAAACACACAAGAAAAAACA